AUGCUCCAACCGACACGUGGCGACGAAGUCCGGGCCGCGUCCGAAAAAGUACGGGAGUUUCUUCUCACCGCCUUGGAUGAGAGGUUUGCGCAACAGGAGGCAGUGAUCCGAAGACUGCUGGAGGCCCAUCUCCAGCUCCUCCGUCCCGCCGUGGAAGAGGUCGAAGAGGUUGCGAAGGACGCUCCUGAAGAUGGGCCACCGGAGCCAGGCGUACCAGAAGCGCCGCCGGAGACAGCCAUGAAUGUGGACGAUGGCGGCAAGGGCAAGCAGAUUGAUCAGAGCCAGAGCACUCACACCAGAAACCGCGCCACAAAGCUUGAGAAGCGCGUGCUGACAGACAUGACGGUCAUGGAGGAGGCCUCGCGCUACCGCGAGUGGGUGAAGGGCCCCCUGGACAUUUUCGUCGCCAUCGUGGUCAUCAUGAACUUCGUGUGGAUGGCUGCAUGGACCCAAGAAGUCGGUCAUACGGCCGACGUAAGCCUUGGAGUUGCGAAGUCCGUGGCACCGAGUUCCGGUGUCCUGACGGAACUCUACAGACCCGUGGACGUGGCCUUUUGCGCCAUCUAUCUCAUAGACGUCCUCGCGCGGAUGCUGGUGCUCAGGAGGGAGUGGCUCUAUGAUGAGGUGGACGGGUUCAUGUUUACGAACGUCUUCGACCUCUUCCUCGUGUCGGUUCACCUGCUUGAGAUCGUGUUGGCAAACAGUGGCAGCGCAUACCAGCAGGUCAGCGCUCUCCGCGUUUGGAAGCUGCUGCGGCUGGUGCUCAGCGUCCGAAUCAUUAAGACGGUGAACUUGUUUCGGCAGCUGCGUGUCUUGAUCAGCGCGUGCGUCUCGUCCUUGAGUGCUCUAUUCUGGUCACUGGUGCUGAUGCUGCUGAUCGAGCUGGGCUUCACGAUCAUUAUCUGCCAGUCGCUGCAGGACUUCAUCUUGGACGAGCAGCAAGACCUGGAGACGCGAAAGGAGAUCAACGUCCUGUACGGCAGUUUCGGCCGGGCCUUGUAUACCGUCUUCGAGCUGACCUUCAGCGGCGGAUGGAUCGGCAGGGUCCGACCCGUGGUCGAGAAAGUCAGCCCCUGGUUCGCCCUUCCGUUUCUCGGCUACGUCACGGUCGUCGUGUUUGCCGCCACGCGGAUCGUGACCGCCAUCUUCCUCAAGGAAACGCUGGCCAACGCAGCCAACGAUGCCGAGAUACAGCUGGCGGAGACCAAGCGCACGGCCCGGGGCCUCCAGGAGAAGUUCGAGGAGCUGUUCCGCUCUCUUGACGGCGAUGGCAGCGAGUGCAUCUCCUUUGGUGAGUUCUGCAAAUCCAUGAGCUAUCCGAGCGUGCAGCAGUACUUGAAAACUCUCGACCUAAAUGUCCAGGACUGCGCCCAGCUCUUCGAGAUCCUCGAUGACGGGGAUGGGAAGAUCACGAUCUCCGAGUUCUCUCACGGCCUGAUGCUGCUCAAGGGCCAGGCGCGCGCCCUGGACAUCAUGGUCCUGCAGCACGAGAACGCCAAGGUGCUCAAGGAGUGUCAGGGAAUCCGGGAAGCCCUGCGCGCAGGCCACGCACCCAAGCCGCCGGCGAAGCCGGUGGAGCCGGCGGAGACCCCCGCGCAACCUCCCAUUCCACCCGCCUGCUUUCCGCCGGGAUGGGUGCCUCCGCUGCCUCCUCUGAUUCCACCUGAAAAGAGCUCGGCAUCGAAAGGGAUGCGAGCUUGCACCUGA